AUGGCUCAAGAUCCUCGAGUUCUCCUGCAGCGCGCCGAUAAAGCAUUGAGCGGUGCAACUGGCGGCUUCAGCUUUUUCGGCGGUCGCACGGAGAAGUACGAGAAUGCAGCAGAUCUCUACACUCAGGCUGCGAAUGCUUUCCGGGUGCAGAAGCAGAACAAGGAAGCUGGUCUUGCGUUCGAAAAGGCCGCCUCUAUCCAAAGCCAGAACCUGAACGAGCCCGACGACGCCGCAAACUCGCUGACCGAAGCCUUCAAGGUCUACCGGAAAUCGGACCCCGAAGAUGCCACGCGGGUGCUUUCCUCUGCGAUCCAACACUACGUAUUAAAGGGUAACCUGCGGCGCGCGGCCACGCAGCAGCAGUACCUGGCCGAGGUGUAUGAGGUGGAACUAGGUGAUACCAAGAAGGCUCUAGAAGCCUAUGAGAAGACGGCGGAGUGGUUUGAGAGUGACAAUGCCGAGGCUCUGGCGAACAAACAUUUCCUCAAGGCGGCUGAUCUGGCCGCCCUCGAAGGCGACUACUACAAGGCUAUCCAGCACUACGAACGUAUCGGCCGCUCGUCGAUCAGCAACAACCUGAUGAAGUGGUCCGUCAAGGACUACUUCCUCAAGGCUGGUAUCUGCCACCUGGCUUCGAAUGACCUGGUCGCCACGAACCGCGCCCUCGAAAGCUACCGUGACAUCGACAACACAUUCGCCUCGACGAGAGAACACCAGCUACUCGUGGACCUCACGCAGGCCGUCGAGGCCGGCGACCAAGAAUCCUUUGCCGACAAGCUGUUCCAGUUCGACCAGCUCAGCAAGCUGGAUAAGUGGAAGACCACCCUUCUGCUGCGGAUCAAGAACAGUAUCGAGGAAGCGGGCGAGGAUUUCUCUUAG